GGUUCUGAAUUAGUACAGGCGUGGGGAUUGAUCAAGCUGGACGUGUCUUCGACUCGACUUCGAUUUUUCUACAUCUUCGAUCGAAGCCUCUCAAAGGCAUAAUUAUAAAUACAAUUACGAAUCAUUUGAGGAACUCCACCUCCUGGAAGUGUCAAGGGAAGCGGAGAGUAACAACUGUGACAAUGUAGAAUGCUGUAGUUUGUGGUAUUGCCUGAAAUUGUGCGGAAUUUGUAAUGUCCUCGACAGCUGUCAGAAUCAGCUGAUCGACCCGAGGGCGAGCUCGUGAACGACAUGCCGAUUGAGCUCGGCAACGCGGAAGAGAAAUAAGUGUUAAGUGACUGUGUCAAGAAACCGUGUAAAAAAAAUAAACAGGAAGAACAAUGAUGUUCCUCAACGAAUCGCUGCUCGUGCUGAUGUACACGGCCAAUAUGAUGGCCAGUCUUCCCAACGAAACCGACAGCAAGUCUUCGGAAAAUGGACUUGAACCUCACAAUCAAACCACCACCACUUUGUCUCCUGAAGAGAAUGAGAACAAGUUCGACUUUGAAGACGAGUGGUACAUGUGGAGAUGCUACCAACCAUACGGCUGCUUCUACAUCGGCCUACCAUGGUUCGGAGAAAAUCGACCAGUUGUCAAUUUCCCCGAUCGUCCGGAUGUUAUCAACCCGACCUACAGUCUCUACACUCGUGACAAUCGCGAGGGCGCCUACAACCUCGUAAUCGAUCACUUCAACACCAUCUUAAACUCCCCCUUGCGAAAGAACGACAGCAACCUGUACUUCGUCAUCCACGGCUUCCUGGACAACGGAAGCAGAACCUGGGUCCUGAGAAUCGUGAAGCAACUCCUUAUCAGAGAGGACUGCAAUGUCGUAGUCGUCAGCUGGAUCGGCGGAGCUGGACCACCUUACACCGAUGCCGUGGCAAAUACGAGAUUAGUUGGUGCCAUGACAGCCAGAUUGGCGGCACAGCUGAUCGAAGUUGGUGGAGUCGCGCCCUGGAGGAUGCACGCGAUAGGGCACAGCCUUGGUGCUCAUAUAUGCGGUUAUCUCGGUUACAACCUACGCAUUAAAUACAAGUACCACCUUGGCAGAAUCACAGGGUUGGACCCCGCAGCUCCGCACUUCACGAACACGUCUCCGUUGGUUCGUCUGGACCCAACCGAUGCGAGUUUCGUCACCGUCAUUCAUACAGAUGCGAGUCCUUUUAUGAGUGGAGGACUUGGGAUCAGUCAGCCCGUGGGGCAUAUUGACUUUUACCCUAAUGGAGGGAGAAAUCAACCCGGGUGCAACGAGGGUGUCCUGGACUCCAUCAAUCUGGAAAGUGGAAGCUUUUUCAAAGGCAUCAAAAGGUUCCUCGGGUGCAACCACAUAAGAAGCUACGAGUACUUCAUCGAGAGCAUUAAUACGGUUUGUCCAUAUCUUGCCGUUCCUUGUUCCUCCUGGGAACGGUUCCAGGAAGGAAAGUGCUUCGAUUGUGUCAAUCAAUACUGCCCCAGACUUGGAUUCGACGCCCAACCUGGGAAUUAUCGUGCUUCCGUCUAUCUGAUGACCGGAUCCGAGAAGCCUUUCUGCAGGGGACACUAUCGCGUGACCAUUAACAUCUCUAAGACCAACGAGAGCCUCGACCACGGCGGAGAAGUCGGGAUGUUCGUGAUCAGCGCGAUCGGAGCGAGCGGCAGGAAGACGGAAAGUAUGCAGCUGAGCGCAAACUCUCGGUACUACGAACCCGGAAGUACUCAUACGGUGGUACUUCCUGGUGACCCCAUAGGCGAGCCAGCAGCCGUAGAGAUCACCUGGCAGUACCAGACCUCGGUGUUCAACCCUUUGACGUGGAGACUGCUCCACAAGCCCAGGGUCUACAUCGAUUUCCUCACCAUCGACAGCCUCGAACACGGCCGAGGGAUCACAGUUUGUCCGGAUGAGAGUAAAACCUUGAUAGCCAACGAGCCGAAGAUCCUGACGGAGAAGAACUGCCGCCACACGGAGCUGAACGCCGUUUCCUCUUGAAGGACCUCUUCGUCCUGUCGCCCCGAAGUCGGUGAUGUCGCCCCGCAAGGACCUCGUUCGACGACUCCGGCCGGGCGGCUGCGUUUCCGCCGCGUCCUGAUAAAAAAAAAUCGGCGAUUAGAUCGCGAUCCUGUCGUCGGGCCUAAUUUAUUGGACUCGCAGGACUGUCAAGGUAGUCCUUUCUGAGCCGGUGGGCAAGGUUACUCGCCGACACUCGUGCGCCUUCCAGGAUAACGACUUGCACAGCGAGCGUGCUUGUCCUUUCACUGUCAUUACGCGCCCAGCCAAGACGUGCUUCUCUUUCACCUCGGCGCUUUCAUACGUUGCGGUAAAUCAUUAUUCGACGAUUACUAUCCCCGUAAUUUAUAGUCGUAAGGUCCCGUCGUUUCCUCGAAUGAGUUGCAACCGCGAGGGAAGAGCCUCGUUUCCAGAGCAUAACGACUUAAUGUCGGAUUCGAGGCUGCGAGGACGAUCCCCAAGAAGUCCUGAGCGACUCUGGGAGUCACUUUAAGGUGGUAUGAAAGUGGCAUCAAUUGUUUACAUGAAACUUUCACGCGAACUGGGUGCACCGAAUCGUUUUAACAGUUACCAUAUGAGUACGGAGGCACUAAGAAAGGUCCCCACGCUCAAGCAAUUUCACUUUUUAUAAAAAAAAUUACCCAAUUCGCAGGAAUGUUUUAUUAACGAGAUCCUUUAAACGAUACUUUCGUAUCGUCUUUAGUUGUCCAAUCGAGCUAUGGUCUGAAUGAAUGUUUACUCCAAUUUUUAAUGGACAUCUUUUCCACUUUUUAUUGUUAUCCUCGAUACUAGUUCGUAAGUCAUAUCGGUAUUAUGUAGAAAUGAGAAUGAGAGAGAGAGAGAGAGAGACCGCUUGUUUACGUAAGCUGCGAGCUCAUGACUUUGUAUACGUCGAUGAAAACGAGAGGAAAGAAAAAGAAAAGAAAUAACACGAUUCCCGCGACGUGACGGCGCCUCGAUUUUUAAGUAUUUCCUUCGUGGCUCGUAUGUACACCGGACCGCAGUCGAAGCACGAUAAUGUCGAAUGGCAAUGGUGAAAGCAGUUUUUACUCUGCUUUAUUUUGCAUCUCGUUAACGGCCUCGGAGGAUUUUAUUGCAAAUCGAAGGACACGCCCCUGUGGAAAUUUGGCGCGGCUCCCAUGAAUCGCGGAAACGAUCGGAAGGAUCGAUCUUUUGCUCCCUGGUCGCUCUUUCGAAUCUAGAAUUUCGCCAUUCAAUCGAGAUUCAUGUCCAAUAAGCAUUAAAUUAACAAUCGACUCUGCAAAAGUGAGAAAAACUCCAAAAACUGGUAUCAUGCCCAACAUCCUUAUCGAAGGGCGAUCCACGGAUUUAUUUAUAUUCAAAUCACGAGUUCCGACGUGCAAUUAGGAUUCAUAGUCAAGAGACAUUAAAUUCAGGCAAUUCUUAUUAAAGGGUUAUGUAAGCCCUUUAUCAUGCCGACAAUAUUUCCGGGUCAAGUGGACUCCCUAUAAAUCGGGCUUAAUUCGACCCUGACACGUAUUUACGGAUUCAGGAAUUUUUUAAGUACCUACGUAGAAAAUCGGUACGCGAGUUUCCAUUAUUUUCUCCUCGAUGGAAACGGAAGUAGGUCCUGCCUAAAUUCCUCUCACGGCAUCGCGACAGUAAACGGGACCUCCAUGUAAAUUUCGUUACCGCGGAAACAACGUUACGUGCGCCCGUCGCGUAUAAUUUCGUAACGCGAUUCGCCGCAUUCGAGUUGUGCAACUUGAAGAGUACGAGUGGGAGUUCUUUUUUUUUCUUUUUUUCCUUCUUUCCGCGACCGACCAAGAGAGCCAUCGCCUUCUAACGCCUCUUUUUACCCCGAUUAAGAGGCAUUAAGGACGCUCGUUUGCGAUCGCGAGGAUCCUGAAUUUUCCGCAGCGAUUGUCAGCGAAAGUGCGACACGGUAGAGAGCGAAGAAAUUGAAUAAAGCCGGGGAAAAAGU